AUGGAAAUGGACGAGGACGAUGAUAUCUACGUGCCCGAGGAGCCUCAGGAAGAUUCGCAACAAGCUCAACCACCCAUUGCGACAAGAGCAGCUGAAGAGCUCGAGGAAGGCGAAGAGGAGGACGAGAGCGGUGCGAUGGACGAAGAUGACGAUGACUCCGAUAUCGACAUCAUUACAGAACGAAAAGACGGCACUACAGCUGCGCCCCCAAGUCAAGCAAAAUACAGCGAUAUCAGAAACAUCCCACAGAGGUCAGGCACCAACGACAGUCCUGCAAAGCCUGCGCCCGCAGUACCAGCCAAGACGGAAGCUGAAGCCACACCAUCGAGUACACUCCGCGUGGCCGCUCCGAGCGCAGACCAAGCAUCGGCAGCUGCCUCAAAAUCGACCGUCGAUAUAAACGCCAACCCCGUAUACGCCCAAGUAGGCAAGCCGAUAACACAAGUCAACAUUGACGAAGAUUUACCAGACAAUGAGAAAGCAUGGCGCAGGCCCGGGACAGACAUAAGCGACUACUUCAACUAUGGCUUUGACGAAUUUACUUGGGCUCUGUAUGCCGCGAAACAAGAGUCUAUUCGUGGCGAGUUUGGCGCUGAUGCUUUUGCUGUCAACAACAAAAAGAUGAUGGACGAUUUCAACAAUAUGAUGAUGGGUGGCAUGGGCAACACCGCAGCGCCCGCUAUGCCCGGGUCGGAGGGCAUGCCGCCCGAGAUGCAGCAGAUGAUGCAGCAAAUGAUGGCUUCUGGAAUGGACCCGUCACAGAUGGACAUGAGCCAGAUGAGCUCCAUGUUUUCGGGCAUGCAAAAUAGCGGCGCUGCUGUUGGAAAUACGGCACAAGGGGGCGCUGGACAAAACUUUGCAGGUGGCUACGGCGGCAACCAAGGCGCAUACGGAGGAGGGUACAAUCAAGGCGCCGGCCGUGGACGUCGAGGGCGAUGGUAG